AACUUCUUUUUGGAUUCUCCUGUGUGAGAUUGUCAGUAGUUAGAGCAUUGCCAUAAAAGCUGAAUGGGAGAAGCUUUUAAUGAACCAAAAACAUUUCCAACCACAAGAUAUAAACAAGAAGGCCAUUGAAUUCAUUAAAUUCUCAAUUAUACACUGCUUACCCAUAUCUUCAUCACCCCAUACUACUGCAUCCGGUUCUAAGAUAUGAAGACAAUUAUGGCAAGAACUCCUCAUGAUUCUUCAUUCUCUUUCUCAAGUAGGCAUUUUUGCUGGAUUGCAAAUACUGAAGAUUCUGAAAUUAAUGAAGAUAAUGAGAUUCUCACUUCUUUCCCUUCAACAAGAUUAUACAAUGAAGAGGAGGAGGAAAUUCAAGAAAAAAAUGCUAAAGCUUUGGUGGUACCAGCAAGAAGACCAAAGAAGAAUAAACUUAUUCGAUUUGGAAGCUUGAAAUCGGUUCUUAAUGUCUUCGGCAGGAGACGGUCAGGUUCGAAUCGACUCGGUAGUCGGGUCAUCGGUACUAUAUUCGGGAACAGGCAAGGGCAUGUAAGCUUAGCGUUUCAAGAUGAUGCAAAGUCAUAUCCAGCUUUUCUGAUCGAACUUUCUACUCCCACAAGCGGAUUGAUACAGGAAAUGGCGUCGGGUUUAGUCCGGAUAGCGUUGGAAUGUGAUAAGAAAACGGAUAAGAAGGGAAUAAAAUUGUUGGAAGAACCACUCUGGAGGAGUUAUUGUAACGGACAGAAAUGUGGGUUUGCGAUGAUGUUUGACUGUGGACCAGAUGAGUGGAAAGUCUUGAAAGCGGUUGAACCGAUAUCGAUUGGUGCAGGUGUUUUGCCGGGUAAUAUUGUUGGCGAUGGAUCAGAAGGGGAGCUUAUGUAUAUGAGAGCUAAAUUUGAAAGAGUUGUUGGUUCUAAAGAUUCUGAAGCAUUUUAUAUGAUGAAUCCUAGUGGUAGUAAAGGUCCUGAGCUUAGUAUCUUUUUGAUUAGAGUCUGAUUAAGCCAAGCCGACUUCACUCUAGUCCCGAACUCUUCACCAUUGAAGAAGGGCUUUGAGUUCAUACUACUGAAAGGGUUUUUAUCUUGAGUCAUGUAAAAUUGAGAUGUGAUUCUCUUCCCAUGGAAAACAUAAGUUACAUGUUUUGUCUCACUAUCUCAACAGAGAUUUGGGUGUGAGUUUUAUAGCCUUAUCGGCUUUGUAAUUUGUUAGUUCAUAUAUUUGUUAAAGUGCUAUGGAGAAUUUUCAUUUCUCUUUAA